AUGUCAAAAGGAAAAGUUUGUUUAGCAUAUAGUGGAGGUUUAGAUACUUCAGUUAUAUUAGCUUGGUUAUUAGAACAAGGUUAUGAAGUUAUUGCAUUCUUAGCAAAUAUUGGACAAGAAGAAGACUUUGAAGCUGCUGAAAAAAAAGCUUUAGCAAUUGGUGCUACAAAAUUUGUUGUUGUUGAUGUUAGAAAAGAAUUUGUUGAAAAAGUUUGUUUCCCAGCUAUUCAAGCAAAUGCAGUCUAUGAAAAUGUUUAUUUAUUAGGUACAUCAUUAGCAAGACCAGUUAUUGCACAAGCACAAAUUAAAGUUGCAGAAGAAAAUGGAUGUUUCGCUGUAAGUCAUGGAUGCACUGGUAAAGGUAAUGAUCAAGUCAGAUUUGAAUUAAGUUUUUAUGCAUUAAAACCAGAUGUUGUUGUUAUUGCACCAUGGAGAGAUCCAGAAUUCUUCAAUAGAUUUGCAGGUAGAAAUGAUUUAUUAGAUUAUGCUGCAAGUAAAAAUAUUCCAGUUGCUCAAACUAAAGCAAAACCUUGGUCAACUGAUGAAAAUUUAGCUCAUAUUUCAUUUGAAGCUGGUAUAUUAGAAAAUCCAGAUACUACACCACCAAAAGAUAUGUGGAAAUUAACAGUUGAUCCAACUGAUGCUCCAAAUGAACCAGAACAAUUUUCAGUUGUUUUUGAAAAAGGUUUCCCAACUAAAUUAGUUUUAAAAAAUAAAACAGUUACUGAUCCAGUAGAAUUAUUUACUGAAGCUAAUGCAUUAGCAAGAAGAAAUGGUGUUGGUAGAAUUGAUAUUGUUGAAAAUAGAUUUAUUGGUAUCAAAUCGAGAGGUUGUUAUGAAACUCCAGGUUUAACUAUAUUAAGAUCUACUCAUAUUGAUUUAGAAGGUUUAACUUUAGAUAGAGAAGUUAGAGCUAUUAGAGAUCAAUUUGUUACUCCAACUUGGGCUAAAAUUUUAUAUAAUGGUAUGUAUUUCACUCCAGAAGGUGAAUACGUUAGAUCAAUGAUUCAACCAUCACAAAAUACUGUCAAUGGUGUAGUUAGAGCUGCUUGUUAUAAAGGGUCCAUAACUAUUUUAGGUAGAUAUUCAGAAACUGAAAAAUUAUAUGAUGAAACUGAAUCAUCAAUGGAUGAAUUAACUGGUUUUUCACCAGAAGACACUUCUGGAUUCAUUGCUGUUCAAGCUAUUAGAAUAAAGAAAUAUGGGGAAGCAGCAAGAGAAAAAGGAACUACUUUAGAUUUGUAA